UAAGUUGCUUGGUUGUGCUUCUCUCUGUGUGUGGUGCGUGUGUGUUUUUGUAGAAUACAUAUAAGCAUAAUAUUGAAGGAGGGAAGCAAAUCUACUAAGCUUGCUGAAGUUUUUAAUAAUAUUUUAUUGUUAGAAGAGUUAAUAUUACUUGUUAAUUUGCAAUACUCUUUCAUUGAUGGUGAUUUCAUAUUUAUUAUAUUAUAUAUCGAAUGAUUCUUCCAUAAAUUUUACAUUUUUGUCAAUGAAAAAUAUUAAAUUGAAUGAAUGUUAAAGGCAGUUUAGAGAAAAAAUUUAAUAAAGAAUUAUCAUUAGCAAUGAUACCUAAAAGUAUGCCAGGAACAACAUCGACCAAAUCUGAUGUGUGUGAUAAAAUUUUAUUAAAUCCUAUUAAUAAUGUAUUUGUUAAAUCAGAAGAAGAAGAAGAGGAAGAGGAAGAAGAAGAAGAAGAAGAAGAAGAAGAAGAAGAAGAAAUGUGUAUUUCUUCUAAUAAGACUGGCCAAAGUAAUACGUACAAAAGUAAAGACAUUAGUGAUUCAAUGGUACAAUCUACUGUAGACCAAAUAGGAGUAUGCGAUAGUUCAAUUGUGUAUGAAAAUAAUAUAUCUAAUUCAGAAACUCCUCGUGAUAUGAAGCAUGAUCUCGAAUCGCAUCAAUCCAAUGUAGAUUCACAUAAAGUAAGCAAUAAAGAACUCAUUGCGAGUACAGAAUCACAUUCUGUAUCACAGAAAGAAAUCAAAAAUGGAGUGAAAUGUGGUAAUUCUAUUAUGAUACCUUCUGGUCAACCAAGAAAAAGAGGAAGACCUAGGAAGUAUGUGUGUAUUCAAACUCCAGAUGAAUGCGAUAACUAUGUUUCGCAGCAACAGAUUUCCAAUUCGGAAACAUCAACAUAUUGUAGACAAAAUUCUUCGAAUACUUCACUAACUGAAUCUAACAAUGAACUUUCGAAUGAUCACUUAAGGGGGGAGACAUCCACAAAAGUAGAUAUUUGUAAAAAAAUGAAUACACCUAGGCGAAGAGGACGUCCUCCAUCGAAAGUUAAAAAUAAUAACGCGAAAAAAGAAAGCAUGAGAAGCCAAACAGAGAAUGAAGAGAUACAAAUGUGUAAAUGCAUGAGAUGUGGAAUAGAAAUAGCAAUAGGACAAUGGGAAACGCAUAAUAUAAUGAAACAUAACAACAUGGGUUGGUAUGAAGGAGAGCAACCAAUGGAUUUUGAAAAUGAUAAGAAAUUAUUGAAAAGGGUAUUAUCUAUUGCCAUAAAAAAAAGGAAAGGACAACUUUGUUGCGAACAAUGUGAAGUAAUGAAACGUAGUGUUAAUGGAUUUAUAUCACAUAUUCAAUUUUGUGGUAAAUCGGAUGAUGAAAGCAGAGCAUUAAUGGUAACAUGUUCCGUGUGCAAUAAUUCUAUGAGGCCAUCAUCUAUGGAAACUCACGAACGAAUUCAUAGAGAUUUGAAAUAUAAUAAACGCAAACAUCUUCCAAUCGAACUUGCAGCAGAUAAUGAAAAAGUAAAACGUAAAGCUGCUGAAAAAGCUGUGUCAAAAAUAUUACAGUUUACAGAACUUGUUAAAGAAGAACAAAAACAAUCUAAAAAGGUGGAUUUCGAUUCUUCUGUAUUGAAAAACAUUCAAUUGCCGGAAUUGAAAAAGAAAAUACCAUCUAUUUGGAAAUCUUUAUGGAAGAAGGAAUUACAAUCGAAAGGCAUUACGCAAUGUCGUCAAGUAGCAUGUAAUUUUACAAGUAAUUCCUACGAUGACAUGUGUAAACAUUGUUCUCAAUGUAAUUUUACACCUCAAGAGAAAUUUAUGUGUAAAAUAUGCAAAUUUGUAUCUACGAGUAAAGUGGAAACUAUGGAACACGUCAAGGUUAAGCAUUCGGAAAUAGAAGACAACACAGAUAAUUCACCUGAUUUUAAAGAAGAAAAUACAACUGAUGAUGAAAGUGAAAACGAUUUAUCUUUCAAAUUUGAACAGCAAUAUCAUCAUAAUGCAUCUUCGGUGAAAGAAAGAUCAGCUAGCUUAAUGAUGUUUUUGGAUGAUCCGCACGCAUUAAAAGCAUCCUGGAGUAAAUUUUAUGCGCCUGCUUUUAAGUGGACAAUGGAAUUCGAGAUGGAGAAUUACGAAUUUCAAUUUUACGAUGAUUAUCUUCCCAAUCCGUUUGUACUGUUAAAUAAUGAAGAUGCAAAACAAUAUCUACCACCAUUAAAAGUAUCAAUGGCUACAAAAACAAUAACCGUUAAUGCAUCUAACAAUACGAAACAUGGGGAAGAGGAAUGGAGAUAUUGGAAAACAUUUGAAGGGAGAAUUUCAGAGGAUUUACCAGCAUUUUUUGCUGGUGGACCUGUAUGGGCCUUAGCAUGGUUACCUAUACCAGUUUAUGUACACGAUAAAACACCUGACCAAUACGUAGCAGUAAGUACACAUCCUCAAAUGGAGAACAAGUAUACUGUACUAAAGGCAGAUUCAGGACCUAAUAUGAUACAAAUCUGGAAUAUGGGUAAAUUAACUAAUGAGUUGAAGCCUGAAAUUAGUACUCCUACUCUAUCAUAUGCAAUAGUACAUAAUAAUGGUACAAUUUGGUCUCUUAAGUGGUGUCCAUCUGGAUGUUACCAGGAUGAAACUUUAAAAAAUGAUAAAAAAGGAACAUAUAGAAGGAUGGGUUUAUUAGCUGCUGGCUGUUCGGAUGGUACUGUUUAUAUUUAUUCAUUACCAUUUCCAGAAGAACUUGGAUUCAGCAAAUCUGAAAGUAACAAUUUACCAAUUUACAAGACUGAUCCUGUACUGAUAUUAGUUGUAAAUAGUAUUAUUUAUGAAAGUGCUAAACAAAAUUGGCAAUGUUCCGCAAUAUCAUGGACAAAAGAACGUGGACAUAAUACUAUAGCUGCUGGUUUUACAAACGGCUAUAUUGGAUUAUGGAAUCUCACAGCGGAUUCACCAUUGUUAAAACAAAAACAAAACAAUUCAAUUGUGAUGAAUUCAUUUUCACAUUUUUUUGCACAUGGCAACGCUGUUACUGGGCUGACAAUAGUUCCAUACAAUGGUCAGCGAUUUUUAGCUUCAGUCAGUGUAGAUAGGUCUUACAAGGUAUGGGAUUUAGAAAAUAUAAGUUUUCCUCAAGAAACCUUCAAAAAAGGAAUUAUGUUUGAUGGUGUUUGGAUGCUACAUUGGCCUAGUGCUGUCAUUGGUUUUGAUGAUGCUUUAAGUUAUAGACAUACAAACUCGUUCCUAGUUUCUUUGAGAGAACAUGGAUAUAAAUCGUCCCCUAUCCUUCCAACUAAUUCAACAACAUUUAGUGUUACUGUAUCCGAUCACGCUAAUAGUAUAGCACACGGUACUUAUGCUGGAGAAAUUCUUUCUAUUUUUCCACAUCAGUUAUUAUAUACCAAAGAUAUAGACAAGAUAUUAACAAGAAAGAGACAAUUAAAUUCUUAUAUUGAAGUAGUAGAUUUUGAAAAACCAAAAGAACAACCACCAAAAGAGGAUCUUAAUAAUGAAUGUAAGGAUGUAGGAGGAAAAAAAUCCAAACCAUAUAUUUAUAUGCCUGCGGAGUAUGAUAAAUGUAAAGACCGUUUCGGUCUUAUAAUUCAUAAUAAUUUUCCGAAAAUUUAUGACAAAUUAGCGAAGGGUACAAACCAAAAAACUUUAUAUUCUGAUAAAUUGACGCUUGUUCCCAUUGAAAGAUACCCUUUUACAUCUGUGAAUAGAGUCUGUUGGAAUCCAAAUAUGUGGAGUCACUUAUGGUUUGCUGCGGGUUAUGAAAAUGGACUAGUAAGAUUCUUGAAUUUUUCAUUUAUGUCACCGAAAGGUGACAUGAAUAAAUUAAUACAAGAGCAUGCAGAAGCUUUCUCAAAAAGGAUCAAUAAUCAAAGUCAAAAUGAUCAUUAAAAUAUAGAACAUUGGCUAAACCAAUAUCUAUUAUAUAUAUACUAGAUUUGUUAAUAAUCAAUAAU